UCACUCUCUCGAAUACCCCCCCUGCCCCCUUCCCCCUAACCCUAAAUCUCCAAAAGCCAAAACGGCAGUCCUUCAAGUCUUCCUCAGCUGCUCAUCACACCAUACAUAGUUGAUCACCGCACCUCACCUCACCGCCGGCCUGUCGUCUUCUUCCUCCCCUUGUCACACCAACACUCUUCCUCGCAGUCUCUCUCAGUCUCGAAGACUCUCUCCCUCUGCUUCGUCUCGCUGGCUUCACAGUGUGUCUGAGUACGUCGAGUUCGGGGCUCCGCGUAUCUUGUCGUCGUCAUCGCGUCUCCUCCGUCGCUGCUGCGGUGCUGCCUCUCCGUCGCUGCUGCGGUGCUGCCUCUCUGUCGCCAGAAUCUGCCUCAUCCAGGAUUCUGUACCACCAUUGAAGAACCUAGCGGAAGCCCCUGCUUUGUCGCUGCCUCUUCGUCGUCGAACCCACCACGAAUAAGAAUCGGUGAUAAAAUGGGUUUAGGGUUGAGAAACUUCACUGAGAGAAACAAUAAUGGACAACCUGACCUGGACACUGAGAAUGGGGAGGAACUCAUGCACAUGCAGCGUGGUGUGGACCUUGGGCUUGCCAACCUCCCUCCCAUCUCCUCCGGCACACUCUAUAUUACUACCAAGCAAGUGAUAUGGCUCAGCGAUGUAGACAACACCAAGGGAUAUGCUAUUGAUUUCUUGUCUAUUUCCCUCCAUGCCGUCUCAAGAGACCCAGAUGCCUACCCCCAUCCUUGUUUAUACACCCAGAUUGACACUAAUGCUGAAGAGGAUGGUUCCGAAAACUCCGACUCUGAAUCCAGUGACAUACAGGAUUUAUCCAGGAUCACAGAGAUGAGGCUUAUCCCCUCUGAUCCUUCUCAAUUGGAUACUUUGUUUCAAGUAUUCUGUGAGUGUGCAGAGCUUAAUCCAGAACCAAAUGAUGAGGAAGGAGAAGAGCAUGAUUGGGUUUUCAGUGCUGAUCAGAUGGAAGGGGAAGAGGAAGAGGAAGAAGGUUAUAUCUCUCCUAAUCCACCGAACUCUCUUGGUCAGUCAAAUGGAAAUCAUGACCUAGCUCGUACAGUACUUGAGCUUCAUAUCAACGAUCAGCGUUUUGAGGAUGCAGAAGAGAUGGAGCACGAUGAGGAUGGCACCCAUAAUUGAGUGGCUUUGUUUAACCGAACAUAGCAUAUGAACUGUUGGUUAUGUUAUGUAAAUUAGUAUGAAAAUUUGAUUAGGGGAUUAUAUACUUUUGAUAAUUGAUGGACAAUUAUGCGCGACUAAUGAAUUUUGUUUUAUGUAUAGAAUGAUGCAAGUGUUUUGAAA